UGAAUCCGUCGUUCAUUCAAAAGGGGGCAAGGCUCGAUAAACCUAAUUAAAGAAAGAGAGAUAAAGAAGAUCUGGCGAUCCAGUUGUAGGAUCGAAGAAGAAGAUGACGACUAACUAUGGUACAAUACCAACCUCAUCAUCAUCCUCACAUCAUCAGGAUGAGGUAGGGCCCAGCCGUUACUUUUCCCGCGCUAAACAACGGCUGAAGGAAGGGUUUGGCAAGAGGAAGCCAUGGAAGGAGAUGUUCAACUUCCGUUCGUUCGGCCUUCCGUCGUCGAGUUUUCGGGAUUCCAUGAGUGGGAUCAAAACGAAUCUGGCCUAUUUUCAAAUGAACUACGUGAUUGUUGUCCUGCUGAUUAUCUUCUUCAGCCUGCUCUGGCACCCGAUCUCGCUAAUCGUGUUCCUCGUGAUGAUGGUGGUUUGGCUAUUUCUCUACUUCCUCCGUGACGAGCCUUUAUCGGUAUUUGGUCGUCAGAUUGGGGAUAUUUGGGUGAUGAUUGUGCUGGCUGUUCUUACGCUCGUGUUCCUGUUGUUGACGCACGUGACGGAAAACGUUCUGAUCUCACUGUUGAUUGGGGUGGUGCUGGUGGUUAUUCACGGUGUCUUUAGAAAGACCGAUGACUUGUUUACGGACGAAGAAGAAGAGGCUGCUGCCGCCGCCGGCACAGCUGAUCAUUUUUUGGCCAGAACUUCUGAAAAUUGAAUCCCAAUUAUUUGCACAAACAAACAAAUUAAGGUGUGAAUGAAUUCUAUUUUCAAGCAACCAACCUAGCUAGCUAGGGCAGGGCAGGGCAGGG